UAAACAAUAGAAUCCCAUGCCCAAUUGUCAAUAGAUCCCUCCUUUCUUCUCUCUCUUCACAAUUUGUGGUGCCCAUAUUUUCCCACAAUUUCAUUCCCAUUUUUUCUGGGCUCAUUUUUUUUGAAUUUUUUUCCCCAUUUUUUUUUAGCUCGAAGAGUCAAAUAUUUUCUUCAUUUUACUACUUUCCAUCUUCUUCAAUCUAACAAAAGAACACAUUUUUGCAUCUGGGUUUGCGUGAUAAUCUCCAAUUUUGAAGCUUUUUUGCGUAUUUUUCCACUUGGGAAUCCUGCCGUGGCAAACUUCUGGAUUAGGGAGUUGAUAUGGGAGUUGUGACUGUUUCAAGCUCAGCUUCUCGAGCAUCGUUAGGAUUAAGCAGAACAUCAACAGCUCAUCAAUCUACAGUAAAUGGACCCUUAAUUCUGGGAUUCAAAGUGGAUAAAAACAAAAGGACAGCUUUAGUUGCAGUGAGUGAGCCUAGGCGUUUACAAGCAGAUCCAAAGAAAGAGAAUAAAAAAAGACUACAAUCAGUUACAAAGCCUUUGAAAGGAAUUCGUGUUGCCAGCAGCGUAGCUGAAGCUUCACCAUCCGCUGUUGAGCUAGAUCUUAAUGAAGCUGCAGCUAAGCUUGAAAGCAUUUUUAAGCUGAGUCCCGCAACAGAUGCUCUAGACGCAGAGAACAUAGAUCUCGUGGUAAAGGAAAGACAAGGAAGGAGAAGGAAGAAUGUAGAAGUCGAAGAGAAAAAGGAGAAAGGAACUCACAGUAGUGUUGUAAAGAACAGGAAUAGGAAAGUAAAACGGUUGAGUCUUUCCAAGAGAAUUGAGUUGAAGCAUAGCAAGGUAUGUAAGGAAGAGAAGAAGGCAGUUUCUCUUCUACUAAAGAAGAAAGUGGUUAAGAAUGAAGAUGAGAAGAUCGAUGAGCUUGUAAGACAUUAUUCUGCAUCGACUGAUUUGGCCAGCUUGGACUGGAAGAAGAUGAAGAUACCUCCAGUUCUUCCCUCUUCUGAACAUACUUGGUUGUUUAAGUUGAUGGAACCAACAAAGGCCCUUAAUCAAGUAAAGGAGAACCUGCGGACAGAAUUUGGAAGAGAUCCAACAGACAAGGAAUUAGGAGUGGCACUGAAUUUGACUGCAGUUCAAGUAAGAAGACACAUGGAGGUUGGUCAUGCUGCAAGAAACAAGUUGAUUAAGCACAAUCUGAGACUAGUAUUGUUUGUAAUGAACAAAUAUUUCCAAGACUUUACAAAUGGGCCAAAUUUUCAAGAUCUCUGCCAGGCAGGAGUCAAGGGUCUGAUUACUGGUAUUGAUCGCUUUGAACCAAGAAAAAAAUUUCAGCUGUCUACUUAUGCUCUGUUUUGGAUAAGGCAUGCCAUCAUUCGUUCAAUGACUGUUUCAAGCUUUACUCGUGUUCCCUUUGGUCUUGAAUCGGUCAGGGUGGAAAUUCAAAGAGCCAAACUUGAAUUGAUGUUUGAAUUAAAAAGAAUGCCUAGAGAAGAAGAAAUAAUGGAAAGGAUCGGAAUCUCUCCUGAAAGAUAUAAAGAAGUGAUGAGAGCUUCAAAUUCUGUCUCUUCCCUACAUGCUAGGCAUCAAGUCACACAGGAGGAGUUCAUCAAGGGGAUUACUGAUGUGGAUGGUGUGGGCAGCAACAAGCAGAGGCAACCUGCCCUUCUUAGACUCGCAAUCGAUGAUGUUCUUGACUCUUUGAAGCCGAAAGAGAGCUUGGUCAUCCGGCAAAGAUAUGGACUUGAUGGCAAAGGAGAUAGAACACUGGGAGAAAUCGCCGGGAACCUUAACAUCUCGAGAGAAAUGGUCAGAAAGCACGAAAUGAAGGCGCUAAUGAAGCUCAAGCAUCCAACUCGAGUGGAUUAUCUUCAGCGUCACAUAUCCUGAAUCAUAAUUGGCAUGAGAUGCUGUUGUCACGGUACAUAUAUAUGGUUCAGCCAUUCACACUCUUCUUAUCUUCCAUCCCAUCAUCUGUGUGUUAAUUUUCAUAAUUUAUACUGGUGUUAUUCACAUGAAACAUAGAUAUAUUAUACCCUAAUGUUCUAGGCUUAGGAUUGGAUAUUACAUAUAAUCUCCUCUUCCAAAAGUAAAUAUCACUUGUAAUUCUUUUCUCUUUCUUUUGUAUCAAGUUAAUAGGUGAGCAUUCCCUAUGCUCUGUACCAUAUGGAAUUAGUGAUUAUACUGGUAUUCUGUAAUUAUUCUUCUGUUUCAUAUAUACAUAAACUUUCAUUUUUAUA